CUUUGAGCUGUGUGUAAUGCUGUGCGCAUGCGCAGCAGCAGUGGCGGCGGCUAAAAAAACAGUUGUGUGUGAAAGCUCCCCUUCACACACACGGUUCACUGCCUCCAAAUAUGGACCUUCCAGUGGAUAGUUCCGGCAGCCCGGGCCGUGCCGUGUGAAAGGACACAUUGCAAUGCUGCAUGUGUCUCUGCAGCACGGCAGCGUUAAAAAGCCGGGCGGGAUUUUGACAGGCGGCGGGAGCCGGCGCGUGUGAAACAGUAAGUGCUGUAACACACGCUCCAGUUUUCCCCGGAUGGCAAAAAGCCGGACAAACCUUGUCCGUUUUUUUGCCAUCCGGCAGAGUCUUUCACACACAACGCUUUGAGCCGUGUGUAAUGCUGUGCGCAUGCGCAACAGCAGACACGGCUUGGAAAAAAAAAGUUUUGUGUGAAAGCUCCCCUUCACACACGGUUCUCUGCCUUCAAAGACGGCAUGGCCCCAGCCCGGCAGCCGGACCUUACAGUGGAUAGUUCCGGCUGCAACCCGGCAGCUGGGGCCGUGUGAAAGGACACAUUGCACUGCAUGUGUCUCUGCAGCACGGCGGCGGUAAAAAGCCGGGCGGGAUUUUACCGGGCGGCGGGAGCCGGCGUGUGUGUUUCAGCCCUAUGGGCUCUAUUUAAAGAGGUUAGUUAGUGGCAGGCAGCUGCCUGAGACCUAUGAACAGUUAAAUAUGUUUUAGACUGCUGGGACACAGCUUGCGGCACUGGUCUUUCCUGGCAAGGAAAAAAGAAGCCUGCAGUGGCCUCAUUGCCCACUGUAUUUUACAAAAGAUGUCACUGAAUUAAUCUUACCCACUCCCAAGGACUGAGUGGGUGUCCCUGCCAAAGAAACAGACGGAGCGAAGUACUGUGGGAGACAGUAGGAAGAGAAUGCACGUUACCAGUGUUAUGGUGUUUGGCAUGAAACUCUGACUGCCUACGGGGUACUCAGCACUACUUCUGUCUGACGUCCAUACAACCAGAGGUCAGGAUGAGGAGAGGAGAAGGGUACAGUGAAGAAUAUAGCAGUGGCACAAUGGCCACUUUGGAACUUGGCAUGCCAGAAAGUAAGAAGUUCUAUGCAGAUCUGAAGUCACUUGAUGGUGUACACCCUUGUGUCAAGUACAAAACCUGUGUAUUUUCUCUACUGAUUGGGAGUUGUCUUCUUGCUACAUCAGGAUUUUCACUUUACCUCGGUAAUGUAUUCCCCUCAGAAAUGGACUACUUAAGAUGCGCUGCAGGGUCUUGUAUACCUUCUGCUGUGGUAAAUUUUGCGGUACUAAAGAACAAAGAAAAUGUGAUUUCUCAUUACCAGAUUUUAUUUGUGUCAGCUUUUUCUAUUACUACCACCUGUCUAAUAUGGUUUGGUUGCAAACUUGCAAUUAAUCCAACUGCAAUUAAUAUACAUUUCAAUUUGAUUCUUCUUACUCUGAUGGAAAUUCUUAUGGCAGCAACAUUGAUUAUUGCUGCAAGAUCAAAUGCACAUUGCUAUCCUGUUAAAAGUGGCACAACUUGUGGAAGCUCGAAUAGUCUAAGGCAUGUCCAUUUUCCUGUCCGAAUGAUAAAGUCUUAUUCUAUUGUUGAAGUGGUUAUGGGAAUUUCUGUAUUGUUUGGAGGCGUAAUUGCAUUACAUAUUGACGCCCUAUUACACAGCCCUUAUUUAUAUGUGUCCAUAUUUUGGGUACUAGCAGCUUGUUUCCCAAGUGCCAUUGCCAGUCAUGUUGCAUCGGAAUAUCCAAGUAAAUGUGUGGUGGAAGUUCUUAUCGCUACUAGCAGUAUUACAUCUCCAUUACUAUUUACUACAUCAGCUUACCUAUCUGUCAGUAUCGUCCGGACGAUUGAUAUUUUUAAAACCUACCCACCUGCUGUUACUCAUUUUCAUGAAGUUUUGCUCUUACUUUUGAUGCUGAUCCUGCUGGUACAGGCUGUGCUCACAAACAUCACUGCCAUCCAGUGUGUGCAUUACAAAUCACAAAUGAUAAUGCAGGGUUCAUCCUGGAAUGUGUCACAGUUGGACAAGUCUGAUUACAGAAAUAAUGACGUUGCCAACAAAACCCUGAGGAAUUUUGACAAAGAGGGUGCAUGGAAAGCCGUUAUGGUACAAAUGACCCAGUAGCCUGAUCUCUGUAAUUGAUAUUAAAUAAUUUCCUUGCAACCAGGCCAUUCUUUACUGACAAUAUGUUGCGCACAUGUAUCAAUCUAUGUGUAAAUUCAUGUAGACAAAUCCCUAGUCCUUCAUGUAACUAACCUCAAAGUUCUCUGCAUGUCUUCACAUCUGUGCACCAUUGUAACGGUGCUUAGUUUUCCCCAAAGUUAUUUCCAUGUCUUUUAAGAUAUUUUUAUAUAGUGUAGUCUACGUCAAAGUCUGUCCCAUUUUUAUACGAUUAUAUACAGUAGGCAGACCACUAACAGCUGAGAAACCUAUAAAGCUUAUAGCUAUGCUUCUCACUCAUAUGUAUAAAUUGAUUAUUUUAGAAACCCAGAUGAAAACAUUUCACUGCAUUGCUCAGUCUUAUGUAUUUAUUUCAGUUGUUGUGUAAAAGUAUCUGAGAAAUGUAAUAAAUUUAGUGAGUUGUCUGCCUCA